AAUGUCGGCGCGCUCCCUUCCACGGGCGUUUCGCGAUGUCCCCCGUCGCGUUUUUGUGUUCGGCUCGCGAAAGUUGUGACUUAAAAUUACUUUUUUCCCCCCUUCUUCCUCCUCCCCUCCUCCUCCGCGGACGGUCACUCAGACAUGCAACAGUUAGCCCGCUAGCCUAGCCUCCAUAUAGCGCCGUCAAGUUACAAAAUUGCCACGUUUCUUUCAUUUAGAAAAGACUUUUUAAUCACGUCAGCCGAUAAAACCGGGGUCUGGGCGUGCUGUUGUUGUAGUGUUGUUCUUUUUUCAACGAGCAAUGUAACUUGGGGCAGGUCGAGCGAAAGCAACGUGUCUCAUUUCCGCAUUCAUGUUUUGUGCGAGGAGUCAGGGCCAUGUUGGAAGCGACCGAUGUCUUCGCUCCCAACAUUUCGCCUUGGUUGAAUCACUUUUUCAACUGCCGAAGGGAAACGAUAUCGAAGCACACCGUUUAGACGCUGACUUGUACCCUCUGGGAUCCGGCUACGUCCCUGAAAUUGAAAGUGUCCAUGACAUAUCAGUAGGCACGAAGAGAGGAUCUGACGAGCUCUUUUCUUCCUGCAUAUCCAACGGCCCCUAUAUCAUGAACCCAGCCAAUGGCAACGACAGCAAAAAAUUCAAGGGUGACGUCCGCAGUCCUGGUGUUCCAUCACGUGUGGUUCAUCUACGAAAGCUGCCCAGCGACAUAAACGAGGCCGAGGUCAUUGGGCUCGGUUUGCCCUUUGGGAAAGUUACCAAUCUACUCAUGCUGAAAGGAAAAAACCAGGCAUUCCUUGAGCUGAACAGUGAAGAGUGUGCUCAGACCAUGGUGAGCUACUACUUGUCCGUGACUCCUGUCAUCAGAAACCACCCCAUUUACAUGCAGUACUCCACCCACAAAGAGCUGAAAACUGACAACUCCCCUAACCAAGUGCGUGCCCAGGCUGCUCUGCAGGCGGUCAAUGCUCUGCACGGUGGUGGUGGGAUCACCGGCAUGGCUAUAGCAGCAGACGCGAGCGGUCUCGCAGGCGGCACCGCCCAAAGUCCUGUUCUCAGAGUCAUUGUUGAGAACCUCUUCUAUCCAGUCACCCUGGAUGUGUUGCACCAGAUAUUUUCCAAAUUUGGCACAGUGCUGAAGAUCAUCACAUUCACAAAGAACAACCAGUUCCAGGCUCUCAUCCAGUAUGCUGACGCCAUGAUGGCCCAAAACGCCAAAUGUUUGGAUGGACAAAACAUCUACAAUGCCUGCUGCACCUUAAGAAUCAGCUUCUCCAAGCUGACCAACCUGAACGUCAAAUAUAACAAUGACAAGAGCAGGGACUAUACUCGCCUGGAUCUCCCCACUGCUGACACUCAGCCCACCCUGGAUCACCAGACCAUGGCCGCGGCCGCUUUUGCUGCACCGGGAAUAAUAUCUGCCUCUCCAUACGGGGGCGCUCAUUUCCCACCAACCUUUGCCAUCCAGCAAGCAGGUCAGUGCAGCAUCAUCACUCCAGGUCUUGCAAUGCCUGGUAUCCCAAGCGCCUUAGCAUCUCUGAGCGUCGGGCACGGCGGCAUGGCCGCAGCAGCGGCCGCAGCCAGUCGCCUCAGCCUGGCCGGGCUCGCUGCUGCCGGCGGACACAACGUCCUAUUGGUCAGCAAUCUAAACCCGGAGAGCGUUACGCCACACUGCCUCUUUAUUCUUUUCGGUGUGUACGGCGAUGUGAUGAGGGUCAAGAUCCUGUUCAAUAAAAAGGAGAAUGCAUUGAUCCAGAUGGCAGAUGGCACCCAGGCUCAGCUAGCUAUUAGCCACCUGAAUGGCCAGCGGCUACACGGCAGAGCCAUCCGCGUUACUGUGUCCAAGCACACAACAGUGCAGUUACCGCGUGAAGGCCAAGAGGACCAAGGCCUGACCAAGGACUACAGCAACUCACCCUUGCAUCGCUUUAAGAAGCCUGGCUCAAAGAACUACUCCAACAUCUUUCCACCCUCGGCCACACUCCAUCUGUCCAACAUACCGCCUGCUGUGGUGGAAGAGGACCUCAAGAGACUUUUUGCCAGCUCAGGAGCCACAGUUAAAGCCUUCAAAUUCUUUCAAAAUGACCGCAAGAUGGCCUUGAUCCAGAUGGGCUCAGUGGAGGAAGCCAUCGAGUGCCUGAUUGAGUUCCACAACCAUGACUUGGGAGAGAACCACCACCUAAGAGUGUCUUUCUCAAAAUCCACCAUCUGAGUGCCUUCAGAUCCCUUCCUAAUGUUUAUUUACCAUCUUGAUUGCGCUUAGUGGAAAUCAUUGGUUUCGAAGCUGUUUCUUUGCAGAAAGUUGCUUCCAGUUCGGAUUUUUUUUUAACAAUCCCUAAUUUUAUAGAAGAAAAAUGUUCAUUCGAAAAACCCUUUUGAUUCCCCCCCCCCCCCUGAAUAAAUGGUGCUCGCUUCUCAAACUAAGUUUAGCAAUUCAGGGAACAACUUUCCUAAUACAAUAAUGUUUUAGCCCUUUCACUUUUAAAGAGCCCUGUACAAUGCAGAAUCGAUAAUUUGCUGAGGAAAGCACAAUUUGGAUGAAAAUAACAGACCCAGAUCUGGUGGCACAUUUGGUGCUCGAACCUAGCAACAGUCUGCAAUGAAACAGCAAAAACACAUUGGAUCUAAAGUCAAAAGUAGCAGAUGAAGUGUCACUUAAGACCAAAUUGGUUAAAAUGGCCGCUGCCAUCUGUACCAUAAAAACUUAAGCAUUCCUUCGGAGGCGUCCUGUGCCUUUCACCUCCGCCUGUUAGACCAGUUAGGCAAGGUAAAAGGUAAACCGACUACCCAACCACUUCUUCAUAUACUUUUUUUUUUCUUAAAUUACUAUCUUCUAAGUGCCGUUGGCUUCAAGGGAUCUUCACCACUAUUCCUAGUACGCCAUCUGCUCAUCAAAAGCAAAGCUGUCUUUACCGACUGGUCUUUUGUGCCUUAUUUCCCCCCUUCACCCAACAAUUCUGAGCCGCCCGCCUUAAAGCGUCAUUCUGGCUUCAGGGGAAAAAUUGUGGCUUGUAUGGAGAGAGAGAAAAAAACAAGUGUUUACCUAUUAGAGAUUUGUGUGCAUAUAUCCAUAUAUAUAUAUGUAGAAAUUUUGAAUGUAAGCCCAGAUAGGCAAUGCUAGGCCAUGUAGCUCUUAGGUGUUGUCACAAGCUCAUUUAUUCUUACAUUACAUUCAUUUAAAUGGUCACCUAUAAAUACACAUUUAGCUAUACUUUUUUUUUGUUUAGCAUUUAAGUCUUGUAACAGUUUCUAGUUUAUCUUACAUUUUAUAUUACUGUAGUUUACUUUUUAUUUUAAUGUUGGUAGUAGUCAAGCCCCCAUUUGCUUACCUGACUGCUAACAUUCAUUUUUGACCAUCAAACUCAGGUAAUGGUACCUGUGAGACGAGAGCUUCAAGGUGUCGUUUUUUUUCCAUUUCCCUUUGGCGACUUAACUUGCUCCACAGUCAGGUUCUAUAGUGCACUUUUUUUUUCUUUUAAACAGCUCAUCGCACGCAAUCCAAAAGAAGUCUUAAAAAGUUGUCACAUUCCCCGAGUGCCUCCAGCACCGGUUCUCUACAAGCCUAUGACCACUGUAUAGUCCCGAACCAGAUGUGCGCACACACUCAUCCACGUUUGUGUGUGUGUGUGUUUUCGUCUAUUUUUGUACAAGAUUAUGCAUGGUUUAACAAAUGUAGCUACAGACGGUUGUUGUACGUGUUGUUGAGGACCAAAGUUACCUUCUCCCCACUGCUGUUUUAUAGUGUGCUUAAGUCCCCACUCCUUGUAGACUAGUCCCCCAUCCCAUUCCUCUUUGUCAACCCCUUCAAAUCUGCGUAAGGUAAUUUGACGAAGUUCCAUGUAGGGAAGGCUUGUUUUCCCCCUCCCUACCUACUCCCUUACACAAGUUAGUUCAGCCCCUUCAAAUCUACACAAAACAAAGGUCGCAGUUGCCUCUCCUCAGUUGCCUUUCCUUGGAUAUGCCUUAGAUGCACAACAUGUUAAAAAGAAAUCAAUACUGUAUCUUGUACACAUGCAUUCCCCUCCCCACCAAAAUGGCUUUAGAAUGAUGUAGAUCACGCCUUUUUGUGUUGAAAGCUUUUACGUUCCUUUUUAUACGGGGCUUUGGGGGUUAUUGUAUGACGCAGGGCUGACGGUUGUAUAUAUUCAUGUUUUUGUACCACACAAUCAUUGGGAUUAUAUUGACUUUACGUUUCAAAACAUGUAUAUUUUGAUAAGACAAUACAAGACUUUAAAAAAAAGAAAAUGUUCGCCCUCAUCCGGGAGCGUUAAAAACAAGACUUUGUAACAAAGACAUUAAAACUGGUAUGAACACACAAGUGUCUCUGUAUAUACGCCCCCUUGCUUCCCUGCCACCAUCUUGUUCUUGACUUUUCACAUCUUUUGCUGCCUUCAAUAAAUCUUUAGUUUCUUUCUUUCAUCUGGCCUCAUUUGGUUUCUGUCUCCUUCCUCCUUUUCUGUGGAGCUGAUGCCUGGUUAACGUAACAUUUUCCACCUUCAUGUUUAACUUUUUUAUUGUAUCUUGCAUUUCCAACUUGACUCAUUUUUAAAUGUUGACUUAAUUUUACCUGUCUAGAUUCAAUUGACCUGGGGGGCGUCAAGCACCCUUGCAGCGUUCUUGAACAGUUGAAUGACAUUUUAUAUAUUUUCCGCAACGACCUGUUUUCUAUUUUGCCCCAUUUCUUUUGGCUUCGUCCUUCACUGUAUGUGAAUGUGGAAAUUGUUUCAAGUUUUUUUUGCCGUGUGCUGUCAUGGCAGUUUUUAUCAGAUAGGGCAGGUAUGUCAUACAUAUCUUUUGUCACAGCAGGCUUUUCUUAGGAGGGCUAGUAUGUCUGCCAUCUAGGACUGACAUCUUGAUUUGAGAUUGACCUAAAAUUCAUAAAUUAAUUUUCAAAGACAAAAUACUAAAUAUAUUUAAUUUUUUAUUUUUUUUAAACCAUAAAUAUUCUUGGUCAUGAAAAGGGAAAUACAAUAUAUACUUUAAAAUUUUACUACAUUCUACACGUUUUAAAGGCGAAAAAAUGGUUUUAUUAGUGUUUAUUUUAAAAGGAAACAUUAUUUCUGUUGUCUCUAAACACAAUUUUAAUUCCAACAAAUGUAGCUGCAGACGUAUAAACAGAAAAUACAUAUAUACAAAUACUUCAUAUAUGGCUGGAAACGCAGACAUGACUGAAAAAGCAGUUUCUGCUCUUGCACUCUUUCAAAGAAACAGCUGUAUUUUAAGCCAAAACAACUUGUUUGAUAAACAAUGUCUAUAUGCUGCCAUAGCAGAUUCAUGGCGCAUGAAGCCCCCAAGCUAUUUUAAGUUGCCCGUUUUACCCAGAAAACACUGUUUACAGACGUCGCGCAACCGUUUUUUAUUACAACCCAGCCGUAAAACGAAGGUAAUUAUUCAAAAUGUUAAUCUUUAGCUUAGAAUCAUUAAUUGGUCUAAUAUUUCGUUUAAAAAAAAAAAG